UGAAGAAGCUCAAGGAUGACUUUGAGAGAGUGCAGAAGGAGAAGGUGGAGCUGGAGGACCGUCAACAUGCGAUGGAGAAGCAACUGCAGCAGGUCCUGCAGGAUCGGCAGGCGCUCGCAAAGAAGGAGGAGGAGAGGGCGGAGAAGCUAGCGCGAGCGAGGGCAGAGCGUGAGGAGGCGGAGCAGAUUGAAGCAGAGGUGAGAGGAAUGAGGAUGGAGAUUGUCUGCUGAGCGGUUGAGCAGGAGGAGCGGGAGUUGAAACAGCUGCAAGACUAUACGAGGCAGCUGAAGGAGCAGGCGGCGAGCAGGAUCAGCGACCUUGACGUGUUGAGGAAGCAGCACAUGGAAGAGGAGAAGAGGCAGAGAGAACAUGAAUCCGCGCUCGAUAAUCUACGAAGGAUGAAGCUGGAGAAGGAGAAAAGAGAUCUUGAGCACUUGCAGGAGCUCGAGAAGCUGCAGAAGGAGAAGGAAAGGCUGGACAAGCGCGAGGCUGAGCAGAUGGCGGCCAAGGAGAAGCUGAAGAACGAGAUGAGCAAGAAGAACAAGGUGGACGACGAUGCUCAGUCUGUCAUGAGCGAUGCCACCAUGGACACGAUGGCCUCGGAGGAGCCUGACCGAGCAGCCGAGGAGCUCAAUGAGGCGGAGAAGCAGCAGUGGGCGAAGGAGGGCAAGUCAGAGCUCGACAAGAAGUACUUCGGCAUCUUCUCGCGAGCUCGUCACGGCCGCUAUCACGACUGCGAGAGGAUUCUGCUCACUGAGGUUGAUGGGAAGAAAGUUCCUGUGGACGUUCGGGAUGAGAACGGCAACACACCUCUCAUCGUUGCUUCCCAGAACAAUCGCAAGAGAGUUGCGAAACUUUUCCUUCGCAACAAGGCUGACAUCAACGCAAUUAAUGUCCACGGGAACACUUGCCUGCACUACUGCUUCACUUACGGGUACGGUGAGCUUGGUGACUAUCUUAUCUCCAAGGGAGCCAACGAUGCGUUGAAGAACAAGAAUGGCCUGACAUGCUACGACGGACUGGAUCAGACCCGACAGGCGUCUGCGGUACGUCCUCGGAGCAAGAUGAAAUGAGUACGAAACGGUUGAGGGAUGGGUGUGAAGCAGAUCGAGGAGAAUGAGAUGUAGAUAGGUGUGUACACAAGAUGUAUGAUGUUAUAAGUGAAGGUUCGAAGGAGAGG